UGUCGUUGUGUGUAGGAAAUCUGUCGAACAUUUGCUUCAGUCCGCCGUCGGCAAAAGACGAACCGUGGUUUGCCGACGACGGAAGCAGCAGUGGCAACUUUGGACACUACCAGUAUCGUUUAAUAACAUGUAGACCUGUCCGACGGCGGCACACACACACAUUUGCACUGAUACCGAUGGCAUUGCACGCGAUCGUUCUUAGCAACGACCUCGUUUGCCAUUUUCACUUUCACAUUCAUUCGCACACUUGAGCAAACCCCUCAGCGACCUUCACCUCGACAACGACGCGAUGUCCAAGCGUUCCUUUUCUCCAUCGAAGCUGCCCGUGACGAUUCUCACGGGUUUCCUCGGAAGCGGUAAAACGACGCUCUUGAAUCACUUACUAACCGAAAACCACGGCAAAAAGUUCGCUAUUAUCGAGAACGAGUUCGGUGAAGUGGGCGUGGACGACCAGCUCAUUCGUCAAGUCACCAGUCCAGAUGACAUCGGUGGAGGCGACUCCAGGAGCCGCAAGUUCAAUAUGGGCGAGGAGAUUCUCACCAUGAACAACGGCUGCAUCUGCUGCUCCGUACGAGGCGAUCUCGUUCGGCUGAUCGCUCAGAUCCUCAAGCGCAAUGGAGACCGCAACCAGCUCGACGGGAUCAUCAUUGAGACCACCGGGAUGGCCGAUCCUGGUCCCGUUGUGCAGACGUUCUUUGCCGAACCUUUGGUGGCCGCGACGUGCGAGCUUGACGGCAUCAUCACCGUCGUCGACGCGAAGCACAUUUUGCAGCACCUUCGUCCUGGCAACGGAGUGGAAUACGAGUGCGAGGAGCAGAUCGCAUUUGCCGAUCGCGUCCUACUCAACAAGACGGAUCUGGUGAAUUCGACCGAGCUCAAAGAGGUUCAUUCUCGAAUUCGCGACAUUAACAGUGCCGUGUCUGUCAUUGAGUGCCAACACUGCCGGGUGGACCCUGCACUGUUACUCAACGUCAAGACUUUCGAUCUCGACUCUAUCUUGAAAAGGCAGCCCGACUUCCUCCAAACGGACAAGGAAAAAUCCCAUGAACACAGCCACGGUGAACACAAGCAUAAGCACAAAACUGAAGGAGAGCAGCACCACACUGGACACAAACACAAGCACUCACUAGUGUCCUCUGUGGGCCUUAGUCUUCCCGAUCCGAUUUUGGUGGCGCUCUUGGAAGAAUGGAUCGAUGAUAUCUUGGAGACGGAAGGCGAUGACCUGCUGCGCUACAAGGGCGUGGUGAAUGUAGCCGGUAUUGACAAGAAGUACGUUUUCCAAGGCGUGCACACACUGUUCAACGGCCGGUUCGCUGACAAUUGGGCCCCAGGCGAGAAGCGCGAGACGCGGUUCGUUUUCAUCGGUAAAAACCUCGACCGCGAAGCGCUGACGGAAGGAUUCCUGGCCUGCCGAGCUACAAAAGACCUCCGGUUCCGAGUGGGAGACCGGGUCAUGGCUAACACUGGUGACGAUGGUUUCCAGGCCGGCACCAUUGUGCAGCUCUGGGAACAGGGCAACCCGUACGCGAUCCAACUCGACAGUGGUCGUAAAAUCUGGGCACCAGUUGAUGAGGUUGGACUUGUACGAGCGCUGGAGGUUCAACAACAAGAGGAGAAGACUAGGCAACCCCUCGCUAUGGUCCACAUACUAGCAUGAGUAGCGAAGAGUUGCAUAUUUCAUUGAGCUGAAGUUACAGCCUGUAUGAUCAAAACACGUUAUUCAUAUGUCAACCACUCUUGUUUCGCAUCCCAUAAUUCAGUUCUGAAGGCGAGGAAGUAAUCGAUGCGUAC